AUGAAUCGAUCUUUUUUUUCUCUCUCUUCAAUCUACUUUUUAAAUCAACUUUCUUUUCUCUUUCUUUUUUCUUUUUGUUUGGAUCUGCAUGAGUUUCUUUCUUUCUUUCUCCAUGUCAUAUGUUCUUCCUUUUCUUCUUCCUCUCAAAUUUGUUGUUCUAUCUUUCUUCUUCCUCUUUCUUCUUUCUCUUUCCUCAAUCUAAAUGUUCUUCUUUCUCUUCCUCCAACUGGUUUCUUCUUCCUUCUUUCUUUCUCUUUUCCUCCAACUCAAAUAUUUGCAAAUGAAAUUGGCCCUGAUCUGCAUCUUCCUCUUUCUUCUCUCUCUUUCCUCCAAUCUCAAAAUGUUUUCUUUCCUCUCUCUUUCUUUUCUUCUUCCUCUUUUUCUCUCUUUGUUUGCUUCGCUGUUUCUUUUUCCUCUUUCUUCUCUCUUUUUCCUCAACUCAAAUGUUUUCUUCUUUCUCUUUCCUCUUUUUUUCAAUCAAAUUUCUUCUUUCUUUCAAAAUGUUUCUUCUUUCUCUUUCUUCUCUCUCACUUUCUCUUGACUCCAACUCACUCUCUUCCUUUUUCUCUUGCCUCGAACUCAAACUUCCUCUUUCUUCUCUCUUCCUCCAAACUCCUUUUCUUUCUUUCUCUUCCUCCAACUCUACUUCUUUCUUUGGUCUCCUCCAAUGUUUCUUCUUUCUCUUGCCUCCAACUCCAAAUUGGCUCUUUCCUCCAACUUUUUCUUCUUCCUCUUUCUUCUUUUCUCUCUUUUAUUCUGAAACUUUCUUCCUCUUUCCUCAAAUCAAAUUCUUCUUCAUCUUUCUUCUUUCUCUUUCCUCAACUCUUUGUUCAAAUUUUUCUUCUUCCCUCUUUCUUUUUUCUCUUCUCUUUCUUUGAAAUAGAAACUCAAACUCAACUUCUUUCUCUUGCCUCCAACUUCUUUUUGUUUCUUCUUCCUCUUUCUUCUUCUCUUUCCUCCAACUCCAAAAGUUCUCUUCUUCUCUUGCCUAUCCAAAUGACUAAAAUUCUUCUUUGUUCUUCUUCAAACCUCCAAAAAAAGAAACUCCAAAUGUUUUCUUCUUCCUCUUUUCUUUUCUUCUUCCUCCAAAAAUUUUUCAAAAUUCCUCCAUAA